AGCGGCGCGGAACGGCAGCGCACGGCACGGCACGGCUCCGCUCCCCUCGGCACGGCUCCGUUCCCCACGGCACGGCACGGCACGGCACGGCUCCGGCAGCUCCCGAGCCAUUCAAACAAGUGGCUCCGGCAGCACUUCGGAGCCCGGGCUGGGGAAAGGGCACACAGCGCGGCUCCCUGCCCCGGAGGCACCGGGCCCUUCACACUGCCUCUUUUUCUCCGGCGCUCGCUCUUUAUUUGACGAUGAAAUAAUGUUGACAUGUCUUGAAUUAUUAAGUAUUCCCUGGAUUUUAUUAGCACAUGAUGCCUAAAUGCUGCCUGUAUCUGCUGGGGUCUUAACGAGAGAGGAGCGAAGGAGAGAGGCAGAGAGAGCGAGCGAGGGAGAGGAGAGAGAGGGGUUUUUGACAGCUGUAUUUGUGCUGAUAAGCGAAGGCACAAGGAGACGAUCGACUAGUGAGACAAGAGGGAAGCAGCGGCUCGGAGCUGCUGAGAGGGGCUGCGCUUCCCUCCCGAGACGGCUCGGCCCUCCCGGCGCCGUGCUGGGGCUUGGGGGGGACCCGAGCCCCCUCCCAGCGCCUGGCCGGGCUCUCGGCCGGUGCCCGUGCCGGGGGGCAGCUCGCUGGCUGGGCACGCCGGCCGCGCGGGGCAGAUGCCGAUUGAGAUCGUGUGUAAAAUCAAAUUUGCUGAGGAGGAUGAGAAGCAGAAGGAGAAAGAAGAAGGGGAUAAGGAGAGCCUGAUCGAGGAGCCCGCCCGGCCCCGCUCCCGGGACCUGGCCGCCUUCGCCAGCACCAGCACGCUGCACGGCCUGGGACACAUCUGCCGGUCGGGGCGGCUGGGCGUGCGCCAGACCCUCUGGGCGUUUGCCUUCCUGGCCUCGCUCGCCUUCUUCCUCUACCAGGCAGCCAAGUCGGCGCUGCUCUACCUGGAGCACCCCCACGUCAUGGCCCUGGACGAGGAGGCCAUCCGCGAGAUGGUCUUCCCCGCCAUCACCAUCUGCAACAUCAACCGCUACCGUCACUCGGCGCUCACCGACGCCGACAUCUUCCACUUGGCCAACAUGACCGGGCUACCCCCCAAGGACCGGGAUGGCCACAAGGCCACGGACCUGCUCUACCCCGACCCUGACAUGGCUGACAUCGUCAACCGCACCGGCCACCAGCUCGACGACAUGCUCAAGAGCUGCAACUUCAGCGGCGAGAACUGCUCCUCCCGUGAUUUCACUGUGGUCUACACACGCUACGGUAAGUGCUACACCUUCAACGGGGACCGGAGGAACCCGCGGGUGACCCGCCAGGGUGGCAUGGGCAAUGGGCUGGAGAUCAUGCUGGACAUCCAGCAGGAAGAGUACCUGCCCAUCUGGAGAGAGACCAACGAGACGUCAUUCGAAGCUGGCAUCCGGGUCCAGAUCCACAGCCAGGACGAGCCGCCCUACAUCCAUCAGCUGGGCUUCGGUGUCUCGCCCGGCUUCCAGACCUUCGUGUCCUGCCAGGAGCAGCGGCUCACCUACCUGCCACAGCCAUGGGGGAACUGCCGGGCCAGCGUGCAGGGGGAGCAGACGCUGCCCGGCUACGACACCUACAGCAUCGCUGCCUGCCGCCUGCAGUGCGAGAAGGAGGCCGUGGUGCGGAGCUGCCACUGCCGCAUGGUCCACAUGCCAGGCAACGAGUCCAUCUGCUCCCCCAACGUGUACAUCGAGUGUGCUGACCACACGCUGGACGCGGCGGUGGAGGACAGCCAGGAGCGCUGCAGCUGCCCCACGCCGUGCAACCUGACGCGCUACGGCAAGGAGAUCUCCAUGGUGCGCAUCCCCAACAAGGGCUCAGCGCGCUACCUCGCCCGCAAGUACAACAAGAACGAGACCUACAUUCGGGAGAACUUCCUGGUGCUGGACAUCUUCUUUGAAGCGCUCAACUACGAGGCCAUUGAGCAGAAGAAAGCCUACGACCUUGCUGGACUUCUCGGGGAUAUCGGGGGACAGAUGGGCCUAUUCAUCGGUGCCAGCAUCCUCACCAUCUUGGAGAUCCUGGACUACGUCUAUGAGGUGAUCCGGGACAGGGUGAGCCGGGUCCUGCGCCGCUCCAAACCACCCCUGAAGAAGCCCUCGGGCAGCAUCGCCACGCUGGGACUGGAGGAGCUCAAGGACCAGAGUCCCUGUGAGACACUGGGCCGGCACGUGGAGGGCGCCUACAAUGCGGGCAUCCUGCCCAACCACCACCACCGCCACCACUACCCUCACCAGGGCGUCUUCGAGGACUUCGCCUGCUAGGCCAGCUCGGGAAUGGGGGGGGGAGGCACCCCCCUGUCACCCCCCUCCCCACCGUCCGCAUGGAGAGGGACCGGGGCACGGGGUGCGGUGGGCACAGGCCCCCGCCUCCCCCCCACCCCGCUGCCAGCGCCAGCCAUGCUGUUUGCCCCCCGGAGCUGCCUCAGCACUGGCAUCGGAGUGCCCCCCCCAAAACCCUUUCCCCUCCGCUCGCCCCCCCACAUGAGGGCUCGGCCCCCGUCUCAAGCACAUGGCGUGGAGGGGGGUGGGCACAUCACGGGGGGGGUUUGGGGUAGCAUUGGGGUGGAGGGCAGAGGGGCUCUGGUGAUGCAGGGCAGCAGGGGGUAACCCAGGGUUCCUGCCAGUCCCUCCCCUGCUGACCCCUCCUGGGUGGGGGUCUCUGCCCUGCAUGGUUCCCCCCAGGAGAGACAUGUGCCUGGAACAGCUUCCCCCCCGCUGGCACAGGGACCACCACCCCCCUCAGCCCCCCGUAUUCCUGCUGCAGGACAGGGCAGCACUGCAGGGCACCCCCUCUGAGAAGCACGACACAACCCCCCCACCUUGGCCAGCCCAGGGACACCCCACCUGCAGCCACACCUGCAUGGCACCACCCUGACCCCUGGCGCCACCACCACCACUGUGACAACCCCCCCAAAAAAAAAAUCUGCCCACCUUUCCCCAUCCUUACGCAGCCUGCCAGGGCUGCAGCCCCCUUCCCCCCCGACCCCACCAUCACGGUCCCCAGCCAGACCCCUGCACUGUGACCCCCAACCCUCCCCACUGUGGUGUUGGCCCCCAAUAGCCCCCAGUCACUGCGGCACUGCAGACCUACCGCCUCCCCCCUCGCCUGCCCCCUGUGCCACC